AUGCAACCGGCGACCCGCCUGGCUGCGCUGUUGUCAUGGGCUCCGAUUCUACGGCUCUGCUGGGUUGGGCCCAGCCCGCGAUCGCACCCGCGCUCGCGCAGCCUGCGACGGGGCAUGGGCUUUGGGCUUGAAGAUGGAGGUGACCCAGAGAAUGUGGCAGGUCAACCCGACGCAGAUGAUAUGAAAGAGGAAAUGAACAAAGUCGAGGAUCUACUGUAUCAGACGGCAUUUGCAGUGGAUCUUCUUGAAAUGGAUUGCCUUCGCACCCUGACGAUCGCCAACGGGACCAAGGUCACACUGGUCGGGACGAAUCAUGCCAGCAAGGCAUCAGCCCAGUAUGCCGCGAAGGUCGUGCGCGACGUGCAGCCAAGUGCCUUGAUCUUGGAGCUUUGCAGUGAACGGCUGAGAGUCCUCAUUCGGGGCAACGGCCAUCGAGAUGCCAGAGCCAAAGACUGGAUGAACCCGGAUGAGCCCGAAGUGAAUCGGAGACAGUUUAAGCACUAUGCGGACGAGACUCGAAAGGCCUUUCGUGCUUUCAUGAGUUCUUCAGAACCAGGAGGAGUACAGAAGCUGCUGGUCCUCGCAGAUAUCAAAGCUUCCAUCGUGGACGGAGCAGAUAUCGACAGCACGCUGCGCCGAAGGGAUGCCAACCUGGCGUCCAACAUUCGCAACACGGCCUUGCUCGGCCACACGAACAUCGUGGCCGUACUUGGUGCCAAUCAUUUGGACGGAGUUGAAGAGGAACUGGAGCGCCUGGAGCGCGAGCAGGAAGAGGAAGUCGCUGCAGAACAUGGCCUGUACAUAUCACACUCCGGCUGCAGGAAGCUGCAAGAGCGCCAGAAGAAGUUGAGAAGGAAAGUUCCUCCUAAGAAGUGGAGAAAGCGGGAACAGCUGUCCGAUUCCUCCCGCGACAAACUGAUCUUUCAGCUCCGUUCGCUCCUCAAUCCGGCGAAGAUCUUGAACAGCCUGGAGACCCAGGCCCUCGAGCUACGCAGCUGGCAAGAGCUUCGAGCAUGGUAUCAGAAGUUGUGA